AUGGAAAUUUGCAGUCCUGUUGACUAUCACAUGAACUAUCAUUGGAACAUCUAUUCUUGUGUUUUUUUCACCAACGAAUCAUUAGCUUACAAUCCAGUGAUCGCUACCGAAGAAGUGAUGUCGGUUCCCGUUGAGUCUGUUCCUCGUGGGCAUCUUGAGCUGCAUCCCCGUAUUCCUCUUUCACCUCCAGACAAUGACCUGAUUGUGCCUACCAGAUCGCAAGACGAUCUUAUCAAAAUCGUUGAAUGGGAUCAUAUGAACCUUGCUCUUUUCUACCCACUAUCUUUGAGCAGUACCUUUGCGGUCCGCGCAAUGUUAUAUCCUUUCGCUGUUGUGAGAAGCCGUUUACAACUACAAAAACAACAUGCAGUCUACAAAAACACUUUCGAUGCAUUUGUCAAUAUAUCUAAAAAAGAAGGAAUACGUGGACUAUUUAGGGGAUUUUGGGUGACAAUACCGCAACUAAGCACUUCGCUUAUCUAUUCUACAGUGUAUGAAAAGUUUCGAUCUAUCUUAAAUCGAGAUUUCGGUAUUUAUUCUGUCGCUGGUGUAUCUAGCCUGGCUGGCGGUGCCGCUAGCUUUUGUUCUCAGUCUAUAUUUGUCCCUACCGACAUUAUCGCACAAUACAUGAUGAUCUAUUAUAAAGCUGACAAAUUUGUUGCCGGGAGUGACAGAAGAGUUCUUAACUAUGUUCUUAAUGAAAAGAACCCUCGACUUACGCUAGGCUUGCGGUUUAUCAGAGCAAUCUACAAAGUUGAUGGGCCCAGAGGGUUCUACCGAGGAUUUUUUGCUUCUGCCAUGGUUGCUACUCCAUCGUGCUUAGUCUUCUGGCCUGUGUAUUACUGGAUCCAAGAUCUCUUCAAUUGGAUACGUGAAAAAACUACUGGAAGGCCGGGAAUUCUCCUCUUUGAUCAAGCGGUCGCCGCUACCAUUGGUGGUGCUGCUUCUUCUAUUUGUACUAAUCCUAUGGAGAUGCUUCGCAUCAGACUCCAGAUUCAUCGCACCAACUACAUGGACACAAUGACGAAAAUGCUCAAAGAGGAGAAGCAUCUUAUUUUCACCAAAGGACUUACUCCCAGAAUGCUUAGCUACUCGAUCUACUGCUGUAUCAUCAUGGUUGGCUACGAAGCAGUCAAGCGAGUUUGUGUAUUACCGGAAUACAAAGAUAAGAUUGUGUGGUAGAGAACCACGAGAUUAAGUAUAUGUAGGUUAUUGGUCUGCGAAACAUGUUUUACUUCGAAUCUCUAGUCAUCCGUGUAGUCGUCGAAUAGUAUAGUGUCACUUUUCUUGAAGAGCUUUGGGUAUUCAUAAUCUUGCUGUUGCAUCUCAUUACUAGUAUCUCUAGUCACUUGAUCAAAAAUUGUUGGUGUUGGUUGUUAGUCGUUGCAGAGUAUAGAAUGUAUAGUAUCGUUUUAUCUCCUAUAGAUAAUAAAGAAGUUCGUUA